UAGCUCGUAACCGUAUCAGUAAAAAUGUUAUCGCCGCUUUUCCUGCUACCCCUUUUGGCUUUGGCCGGAGCGGCUAAAAACCCGAACAUUCAGCACUUGACGUUGAGGGACGUCAGUCAAGUGCCCGUGGAGAUCCAGCCUCUGAUCAUCGAUGGCUACGAUGUGCAGGGCGUUGAUAAUGUGCCCUACCUGGCUUCCUUGUCCCUGACAAGGUCCACUUAUACCCACCUGUGCGGAGCAUCUAUUAUCUCCAAACGCUGGCUUCUAACGGCUGCUCACUGUGUCAAGGAGUUGCAACAGUUUAAUGGAGAUGCCGUGGGAACACCAGUAUAUGCGGGGAUCAUCAACAGAUCUAACGUUACUGCCGCCCAAGUACGCUAUGUGGACUUUGCCUCCACUCAUCGUUCGUUUACUGGCAAUGCUGGAAGUGAUAAUAUUGCCCUGCUUCAUGUCUCCGAAAGUUUCGAGUACAACGCUCGUGUUCAGCAAAUCGCACUGCCCGAUAUCAAGGAUGAUUAUAGCAAUAAGACAGCGGCUGCUUACGGCUGGGGACUGACAGAUGCCGAUGGCGAUGAGUACUCCAAGGAGUUGCAGUACGCCUUUGCUCCACUGCUAAACAGCACCGCCUGCAAGGAGCUGCUCCCGGCGGAUGCCCCUCUUACGAAUCAGCAGGUCUGCUCGCAGGUUAAGACCUGUUACGGAGACGGAGGCACUCCCCUGGUAUACUGGCCCCUGGCUGGACCCGCGGAAUUGGUGGGCCUCGGAUCCUGGAGCUAUAUGCCCUGCGGCUAUGCCAAGCGGCCCACUGUAUAUACCUCUGUACCGCCCUACGUGGGAUGGAUCUACCAAGUGAUCGCCGCCUACUACCAGCUAAACUGAGAUUUAAGGGGUGCCAAAGGGGAGAUCUUUGCGUAAUACUCUACCACCGCAUUAAAGUAAAUACCGUAUCUAAUCACGGAACUCGUUAACUACGAAUCGAAAACCGUGUUUUAUUGCCCGAUAAGUGGACGGCUGAUUGCUCGAAAUCGAACUACUAUUUACGAUUGCCGAUCAGCUAGUGAUAUAUGACAGUGUGUAAGUGCUGAGUAAGUGCACCAGGAAUUCCAGUUUGGUGUUGGAUCAAGGUCAGAGUUAAGGUUUUUCCUGGAUUAUUGUGAAAUUUGUGCUUACCAAGCUAGGAAGGAUUUAAAUAAUUUUUAAUUUUAAAUAAUUAAAAAUAAUUUGUUAAUAUGAAUUUCAAAACUAUAUGAGCUAAUGUAGAGUAUGUCGAAAGCAACGCAAAUCUUAUUUUACAUUUAGCAUUUAAGCACAAGUGCAGGCUCGUAAAAUGAUGCGUUUUUAUUUCGUUUUUAUGGCUUACUAUAUUAACUGGCGUGGGUCUUGUCUAUAAAUGAAAUCCCAUUUAGAAUGCAAUUCGUUUUAGUUUAUAGUGGCAGCUGUUCAAAUAAUUUACUAUGUUUGGCGUGUUUUUAAAAAUAAGAAAAGAAGGACAUUUUGGCAGACCGGAAUGAAUAUGCAGCUAUUAAUAAAACGAAAUAUUCUGUAAAAAGACUUUGUUUAAAAACAAUAAAGCUACCUCGAUUAUUUAAAACA